GGAAGGGUAACCAAAAUCUUUUUCAUUUGUUCUUGCCACCCUAUUGCCAAAAUGCACUAAUAUUGAUCCACUUUUAUGCAAACUAUUCUUUGAGGGAAAGGAAGGGAAAAAAAAAGGUUUGGAAAUGAGAAAUGGAUACAACAAAUCCAUUCAAAGACCAACCACAUUCAAUUCCCUUAAGGAAGUUAUGGCCUUGGGCUUUUUAUGCUCUUCUUCCUAUAUUAGCUAUUUUUCACUUAAUUGCUCGUCCUUUUCCUCUUUCUCCUUCUCAAUCUGAACAUUCACUAAUCAUCACCAACUCUUCUUCAACUCCAUCAAAAGAAAUAGGAAAUGAUAAUGUUGAAAUUUCAUGUGACUAUAGCAAUGGCAAUUGGGUUCAUGACAAGUUAGGCCCUUUGUACACAAAAUGUGGCACAGUCAAAGAUGGGCAAAAUUGUAUAGCUCAUGGAAGGCCUGAUAAUGACUAUCUUUAUUGGAGAUGGAAGCCAAAAAAUUGUCAACUUCCAAGAUUUGACCCAAAAAAAUUUCUUCAACUCUUCAAGAACAAGAAUUUAGCCUUUGUUGGUGAUUCACUAGCUAGGAAUCAAUUGGAGUCAUUACUUUGUUUGUUAUCCACUUUUAGUCCUCAUGAUUUAGUUUUCAAUCAUGGUGAGGACAACAAGUUUAGGAAAUGGCAUUUUCCUUCACAUAAUGUGAAUGUAUCAAUAUAUUGGUCACCUUUUCUUGUUAAAGGGGUUGAAAAAUCAGACAAGAAAAACUAUAACACUUUGUUCUUGGACUCUGUUGAUGAGAAAUGGGCUUCUGAUUUGGGCCAAAUGGAUUUGGUUGUUUUUUCAGUUGGACAUUGGUUCUUGCAUUCAGCUGUUUAUUUUUACGGGGACAAAGUACUAGGUUGUCAUUAUUGUUCUGGUCUGAAUUACACUGAGGUUGGAUUUUAUGAUGUUUAUGGCAAGGCAUUUGAGACUACUUUUAAGACAAUAAUUGAGAGGAGAGGCAAAAAUGUUGGACCACUUGAUGUGAUUGUGACAACAUUUACACCAGCACAUUUUGAAGGAGAGUGGGACAAGUAUGGGGCAUGUUCUAAGACAAAGCCUUAUGAUGCAGAGGAGAAAAAGAAGCUCGAAUGGAUGGAUGCGGAGAUGAGGGAAACAGCGAUAAAACAAGUGAGCGCUGCGAAAAAGGAAGCUCGUGAGAGGAACAUGUCAAAUAAUGUUAGAUUUGAGGCAGUGGACGUGACGAAAUUGGCAUAUCUAAGGCCAGAUGGUCAUCCCGGACCUUAUAUGCAUCCUUUUCCAUUUGCUAAUGGGAUUGAGGAACGCGUGCAGAACGACUGUGUUCAUUGGUGUUUGCCAGGGCCUAUUGAUACGUGGAACGAGAUUUUGCUGGAAGUAAUCAAGAAACAGUUUAAUUGAGUGAAGAAAGUUUAGUAGAUAUGGUGAUUUUUCCAGAUUUCUGUCCAUUGGGUAUUUUCUCUUUUAUUCCCUUGGAGAGCCCAAGAAAGAGGCUAUCAAUGACUGUUAGAGUUUAUCUAGAGGUCACUAGUCCGACUAAUUCAUAUUUGCAUAGUGUAGGCUUCAUAAAGGGGAACAUGCUCCCUACCAAGAGUUUCUCCAUUCUCCUAGAGCUAGAACUCGAAACAUCUGAUUAAGGGUUGAGGAAUCCCAUCAAUCCCGCCCCACUCCUUAGUGGUCAGUGUGAUCCUUUCUUGCUAGGACAGAAUAAUGUGAAAGAAUAGAGGAUCUUGAUUUUUGAAGAAAUGUAGAAUCUACGUAUUUGCUCUAUCUAUAUAAUCAAUUCGAUUGACUGUAAUUAAUACCAGGAUGUUAAAGUAAUAAGUUGUUGUUUUCUUUAA